UCCUUGAUUCAGUCUCUUUAACCUCCUUAAUCGUACGUAUUUAUAUUAAGCGUGAACUGUUAGAUGAUAUAGCAGACAUGUAUAGUAAUUUUAAAACAAAUCAUUUCUCGUAUAUAUGUCUCAUAUAUAUGUUUAGUUUCUCGUAUAUAUGUUAAUCCAUCAUUUCUGAAAUUUCAAUGGAAGGUCUUCCUGGUAGUCUAAUACAGUGGCUGAAAACGUUUAACAUUGAAGGCGUAGAUGGUACUGUUGAAGACUUCACUAAUGGUGUAGUUAUUUCUAAAGUUCUGAAUAAUAUUGACAAUGAAUUUUUUGAAGAUGCUUGGCUGGCUAAAAUCAAAACAGAUACUGGCACAAAUUGGAGAUUAAAGGCCAGUAAUUUGAAGAAGAUUUUGAAAGGAAUUCUGGAUUACUACAGUGAGGUACUGGGACAACAGAUUACUGGUUUUCGUAUGCCAGAUGUAAAUGCCAUUGCUGAGAAGAAUGACGUAAUUGAACUUGGCCGAUUGCUUCAGCUAGUUCUUGGCUGUGCUGUUAAUUGUGAGCGGAAGCAAGAAUAUAUAGAAGCUCUGAUGGGUUUGGAAGAAGAUAUACAGCAUGAUGUAAUGAAUGCAAUCCAAGAGUUGAUAACUAAGGAAAUACCUGCAUCUUAUCAGUCAGAAACUUAUGUUGAUUUGAACAACCAGCUGAAAGGAUUGACUGAGGAUUUACAUUCUACAAAAGAAUCCAAAGAACAAAUUACUCAACGCUGCCAUGAACUUGAUAUGCAGGUAGCUAUUCUAUUAGAAGAAAAAAAUAGCCUGUUAUCAGAAAAUGAAAAACUUCUAGAGAGGCUGAACCAUAUAGAAAGCUUUGAGGAUCCCAGUACACUUGCUGGGAAGCGAUUUCAGCAAAUGCAACAGAAGUUAGAAUUAUUACAGGAUGAACUCUUCAAAAUUGAAACCGGCAGAGAUGAACUUAAAGCCAAGGUUGAAAAUCAAAAGAAGGAAAUUGUUGAUCUCCAACAAAAAAAUGAAGAACUUCAAAGGCUUGCUGAAGAAUCACAAUCUAUGAAAGAUGAACUUGAUGUUCUUAGGCAUACAUCUGAUAAAAUUAAUGUGUAUGAAGCAACCAUAGAGUCUUAUAAGAAGAAAUUAGAGGAUAUGAGUGACUUAAAACGACAGUUAAAAGUUCUUGAGGGAAAGAAUACCCAUUACAUGCAACAAUGUAUGGAGUUAGAAGAAGAACUGAAAAAAACUGUGAUGACAAAAACACAAGUAGAUAUGUAUAAAAAACAAGUACAAGAACUGCAGUCAAGGCUAUCUGAAGAAACUAAGCGUGCUGAUAAAGCUGAAUUUGAAAAGAAGCGAGCAUUAGAGAAAUUAAACUCAAUCCAGCAAGAAAAAGAUAGAUUGGUAAUUGAACGUGAUUCACUUAAAGAAAGUUUGGAAGAAUUACGAUGUAUGCAGUUACAAAAAGAAAGCACUCACGAAGGGAGUGGGAAUGAGGCAUCAAUGGGGGAUUCAGAGCUGUUGGAUGCUGUGCCUCCAGAAAUAAGAGAGAAACUAAUCAGGUUGCAACAUGAAAAUAAAAUAUUGAAACUAAAUGAAGGAACUACUGUUGAUAAACAACUUACUCUAAUUCAGAGCAUGUUGGAUGAUGCAAGAUCAAGAAUUAACGAGCUUGAAACUGAUAACAGAUUAGCCAAUCAAAGAAUAAUGGAACUGGAAAGCCAGAUUGAAGAUAUACAUGCGAAACAGUCAACAGUUACUGUUCAGGAAGAUUCUGAAUUAAAACAGAAACUGAGUUCUGCAAUUAAGAGACAAAAAGAAACAGAUGUCGAAAUACAAAAUUAUAAUGUAACAAUAGAGUCUCUUGAAAGUCAGAUUGAAGCAUCAGUUUGUAGAAAUCAGCAGCUACAAGAAUGUUUGAACCGUAAAGAUGAGGAAAUGAAGGCUAUGGAAGAGCGAUACAGGCGAUAUUUGGAAAAGGCAAAAAAUGUUAUUAAGACAUUAGAUCCAAAGAAGAAUGCAUAUUCACAUUUGGAUGUAGUCUCUCUGAAAGCACAGCUACUAGAAAAAGAAAAAAUUAUUUCUAAUUUAGAGAAGGAAGCAGAUAAAGCACGAGCUUUGCAUGACAUGGAAGAUAAAAUUAUUACAACAGCAUUUUAUAAUUUAGGUGCUCAGCUACAAAAGAGAGUUGCUGAAGAACGUCUCAGUCAAGGUGGCAUUGGUCAGACAUUUUUAUCCCAUCAGAGACAAGCUACUACAAGAAGAAUAAAUAUGAACUCGUCUGGAGUAGCAACCAG